AAUGGUGGGGCAGACCCGUGGGCUCGGGACAGGCCGCCACAGAUGCACUGAUGGCAGGUGAGUGGCCGCAGUGAACCCUGAAAAUCCCCGUGGCAAGUCUUGUGUGCUUCUGGUCGGCAACGACGGCAGCCAUUGACUAUGAUAUACUUAUAUUCGUCCCCUUUUCCUGUUGUUGUUGUUGUUGUUGUUGUUGUCUGUAGUUCUGCCAGGGAUGUCAAUGUCGAUACCUGCAGCCGAGCACGUUACUUGCAUGCACAACCGCUUCUGACGCCAUCGAACCUGCCAAGCACACAAUCGCCCAAGAGGCCUUUUCAAUCAGCAGUUGAUACGACAGCGUCAGCGCCAACACCAUCGCACCUGGACACCAGGGCAUGAGCUGCGAGAUUGUUGUUCAUCCGAGCUCCACCAUUCAUCCGAUAUCGAUGCAGUGCACUCAUCCUUUCAAGUAUUGAAAGGCU